AUGGAUUCGUCUUAUCCCAGCACACCAUCGCCGUCUCGCGAUAACCCGUUUAUGAACCCUUUUGAUCUGUACUCACUCCAGUACUAUAUAGAUUCGUGGAUCGAAGUCUCUUCGCAGCCGUCGACUUCGUCUCUCUCAUCCGCCGCUACCACCGACGACAUUAUUACCACCGGUCUCCGGGUAGAACGAUCCGCACCCGGACUACAGAGACGGACGAGGAAGAAACGACCCAGGCACCUCGAACUGUCGGCAACUCAAAAUAGCGAGUCUUCUCGGGCCUCCAGCGUUGCGGGCAGCAGCCAAGACGAAUACGAGGAGAGUGAUAGUGAAUCUGACCGGGUUUUGAGCAGCUCGAAUGAGAACGUCACAACCAGGUCGCGCAGAGACGGUCUUUUGUCGCAUCACAGCUCUGCUUCUGAGGCAGCCUCGUCAGGAGAUGACAUCGACGACGACGACGACCGGUUGACCGCAUUGGGCCCGCGACUUGCUUCCACGCCCUUUGUGCCCCAGCCGAAUAUCUUUUCUCACGCACCCCAAUACUCGAGAUCGAGAUCUUAUAAUGGGCCAGAGCCUAGCCCUAGCCUUGUCUCAAAUAGCAGCCAGGCAACUGCUGUCCGUCACAACUCGAGCUCAACCGCUCGCGCUACUCGAAGGAAUAGCCGCACACAGCAUGGCCCAUACAACAUGAUUUCCCCAAAUUACCAGGUGGACCACGAUGCCGCGCUUCGGGCGAGUCUGUCGACAUUGUUAUCUUUGGGAACAGCAGUUCGCGGAGUACCGAAAAGCGACAGUCCCCAAGUGCCAACCGGUCCACCAGUAGCGCCUGCAUCCUCCUUCAGACUCGUCUCAGAAUCCGUCGCUAUGGGCGAAGACACGGACGAAAUCGGCCCUCUCCCAAGAAACGAGUCGACUGCUGUGUCUUCUGAUCCGCGGUAUGCUACACAGCCCAAGUCGGUGCGAUCCAACGGCUCGUCGACGCCGUCCAAGACCAAGCGAAAGACGUCAAAGGAUCGGGGAUCGGCCCAUGCCGCAUCGUCAAAGAGGUCUCGCCACACAAACAUGACUGAUUCACUUGCCACAGUUAACCCUACGCUUAUGACGUGGGUCAUCAGUGCUGGUGUUGUUGUUUUGUUUUCAGCCAUCAGCUUCUCGGCUGGGUAUGCCCUUGGCCGAGAGGUUGGACACACCGAGGCAGGAAUGGGUUCAGCGCUAGGCGGCAGUGCAUCGGACCCGGUUGCGAAAGCCAGAGCAUCUGUAGGAUGCAGCAGAGAUGCCGUUCAGGGGAGUCUCAAGCGUCUGCGGUGGGGCAGCUCCGGAGCGGGAGUCAGUGUGUACAACUGA